CUGAACUCAUGAAAAUCAAGUUUAGUUUUCAAGUUCUCAUUUUGUUAAAUUGGUAUGCAAGUUACACAUAAGUAUAUAUUACAUGUGGAAGGAACAUUGCGUGAUGUGUGGAAAUGAUAUUAUUCUCAAAACUACAGUAUAAUGAACAACAGCGGAGAAAAGAGUUCUGGACCCUUUUUGGGAUUUACAAGUUUUGGAAAUGCUUCAAAUGUCGAUAAUGCCACCAACUAUUACAACAAUGGAUCAGCAGUUAUAAAAAGCCAGUUUGUCGAGUACAACCGAAUUGUAGAAAUAGUGAAAAUCAUCAUUUGUAUUCUUGGUUUGAUAGCCAAUAUUUUAUCAAUCGUUGCUACCGUCAACAUACCGAGGGAAAAGUGGUCUACUUACACCAAACUUAUCAUCAACCUCGCAGUCUCAGAUAUACUAGUGGUGUGUUCUGUAUUUGUGUAUGUUAUUUUGACGUUUACCGCCAUUCAACACCCGUGCGCUAACGUUUUUCAUCAAAUGUUGCUGAACAUCGCUCUGACGUCAACGUUAUUCAACCUCGUUUUGAUGGCUAUUGACCACUAUUUUGCAAUUAUAUAUGCAUUAUACUACGGCCGUGUGUUUUCGAAAAUACGUGUUAAUUAUGUGAUCAUUUGCUUAUGGUUUGCGAUUUUCUUUUGUGGAGUUAUCGAUAUAUUUGUUGCGUUUGGCAGUUAUAACAAGGACAAAGGUGAUUUUUGCACCUACGUUAACAGGGACCAUUUUAAUUACGAAUUAGUUAUUAUAGUUGUAAUAUUUGCUGUUUUAUUUGGACUUCUACUUAUAUACUCAAGGAUUUGCUAUCGGGUUCGAACAAUUGUUCGGCAAGACGACUUGGGGCGACGUAAAGGACGUCAAGGAUCCCAUUCCCUCAAAGCCGUCGUUACAACGUUCUUAAUCAUUGGAACAUUUGCGUUUUGUUGGUGUCCGCUGGGAAUAUAUCACUUUAUAUACUACAUAUGGCCACCAAAGAUGGACUUGACCUACGAAACCAUACAAACAUUUCUUUUGGUGAACAAUAUUUUGGUGUGCGUAUUACUCCUUAAUCCUCUUUGCGACCCCAUUAUAUAUGCGCUGAGGAGAUCCGAGGUCAAACUUGGCUACAUUCGAUUCUAUAACAGAGUGAUCUUAAGGCGGAGAGCAUCAACGUUUGACCGAAGCACGUACGCUACAUUCCUGCGAAGGAACGGUUCACAUAACUCAUUGAAUGCUAAAACGUCUGCUUUAGUAAGAUUGAGUAUAUCAAGAAACACAACGCAUGAGGUUGAGUACAGAGAAAGCAGCCUGACUACAGAAAAUGCUUUACCAUAACUUAUAAACAGUAAAUUUAGAUUGCUGGAAACUCGCCAUGUGUUUUCCGUGACUUUUAAAUUUUGAUUAUUUUGAUCAGAACGAGGCGUGCUGUGUAAGUAUAGCGUUAAGAAUACAUUUAACUUUUCGUGCGUACAAGCUGUUUGGACGCUCGGCCGCGGUUCCAACUCCGUAAAAAGCGCCAGCAUUAACGCACGAACAUAAGAAACAAUCCUAAUAUUUACAUUUCCUCAUUCCAUUACUUGUUUGUGGUAAUAAUACGUUUGGUUGAAUUAAAUUUCGCGUUUAUCAAGUCAGAUUUUUAUUAUCGAGAUUGUUGAAUUCGUGUUGGAGGCAGCAAAUGAUAUCGUACAGAAAAACAAGUGCGGUUGUUCAUAUUUAAGCAUAGAAAUUCAUUUUGAGGGCAUUUAUGCGGUCAGUCAUCUUAAAUUCUCCGCUCACUCAAAAUGGCAAUUCAAAUGAAGCGCGUUCAAGAUCGCAUAUGAAUUUCAGUUUCUAUCUAUACAAGUUUUUUGAACACUUCUGUUUUCCAGUUUUAAAUACGCUUAUUUUUACAUACGAAGAAGAACUACGCGUCACUGUACCAAUGAAUGGAACAUCGAAGAACCGCCCCAUUCUAACCGCAUCACACCAAUGCAAUUUUAUCAUAACGCAGAACACAGUUCUGUGAUAUUAUCUCUUUAUUUGAUAUUUAAAAAUGAAAGAAAAAAUAACUGCCUCACAUGUUUCAUUUGAUGACAGCUGAUAUCAUUUAUUUAAAGAAUUUUGAAAUUCUUUAACUUAUACUAAAACUCAACAAGUUUCUGUGUGCAUGCACAAGAAAAAGAACAUAAAGAGAAUAAAAUGAGAUUAAACGAGUUAAUCCAAUUCACAUAAGAAUUUUUUUCCUGCAUUUUGUGAUUAUUUGUUACGUAAUUUAAUUUCAAGACAGUCCAAUCGUUGUUUUUUGUAAGAUUACUACAUAACUGAAUUUUGAAAGUCUACAUACAGUCGAGUUGCAUUCCUGUCUAUUAGAAGCUUACAGUAAGCAUACUCUCAAAUUAUAGUUUUUGAGAGUAACAUAAGGCGGAAAAAAGAAAACGACAUUGUGUUGCCAGUUCGUAAUUUCCAUAAUUUUCAUUCCUUGCUGGAAAAAUCCACAGCAAGUGUAUCCGAAUUUGUUCUGUACGAUCUCUUUCUCUCCAUUGUCUGAAUUUCACAAUUCAAUUUAAUAAGAACGGGCUCUGAUCAAGUAGAGCAAGUUUUUGUUCUAAAUUUACAAAUACCUUGUAUGAUUAAUGUCAAAAUAAAUGAACAAGGUAUAACUUGUAAGGAAAUGCAAAAUUGUCACAAAUGUCAACGCUCAACGCCACCCUAUUUGUCUAAACUGGUUAACAUAUACAAGCAUACAUUCCAGAACUGUGUUCGCUUUUGCCUCCCUUUCAAAUUUUGAAAAUUAUAAUGUUUGAAAAG